UAAAAAUAAGAAAAAGAACCCAGAAUCCUCAUCCCGGGAGUUCAUUUGGAGAGACACUGUGUUCUGUCAACAAACGUUCCAAAAGCGCCUACUGUACGUCAGGGGUCGUGUCGUGCUGAGACACGGUCGCGAGCAAAACCGAAGGUCCCGCCCAGGUGACCGACCUUAAUCACCACCUCUCCCAAACGUGGAUUUACUGACUGUAAUAAGUGCCAAGAAGGGUCAUGAAGUUGCCUGUGGGCCCCGAAGCACAGUGGAAAUGAGGGGCGUGGAGUAGUUGUGGCCGAUACAGAAGUGUUGUUGUGAUCCCCGCAGGGAGACUCCCAUCCUGACUCAUCCUCCUACUUCCGGACAUUCUGGGGGCUCAUCCGGCAUGGCCAGGGAGCCAGCCCUAGAAGGAAGGGAGACUUUCUCCCGGCUCCCUUGUGUCUCCUGCGGCUCUGCCAGCCAGGAACAUGGAGGGGACGGAGAGGGAUCUUAAGUGAGAACUCCGGCCACCGAGUCCCAGUCGGCUACCACCAAGGGAUGUAGCCAUGGACUUCACCUUGGAGGACUGGGAGCAGCUGGGGCUGGACCAGGGGGACCUGUUCUGGGACACGGCGCUGGACAACUACCAGAACCUUUUCCUGCUGAACCCCUGCAAACCCAAACUGACCUCCUGUCCAGAUGGUGGCGAAGAGCUGGAGGCCGUGGUCAGAGAAAGCCCAGAAUCAGAGGGCCUUGCUCCUUAUGUUUCGCCGCGGGGAACGGGAGACACCUGCACUUACCCUCUCUCGGACAUGGCCGAAGUCAAGAACUGCCCUCUGGCACAAGACUUCUUGGAGGAAGGACUCUCCCAGGAGAUCAUGGAGACUUUGUCCAAGGAUGGCCUCGGGAACUCCAGUCUGGGGAAAGCCUAUGUAGGUGAGAGUUGGUUAGACAGUUUGCUAGGAGAUCCAGAAAGCCUUCUGAAGUCUGACGUUGUUACCAACAAGGGAAGUCCCACAGAAUGCAGGAGUCGCGAACUCCAGAGAGACCUCGGUCCUGAGCCCCUCCUUUCCAUGAGGGAGGAUUCUGUGAUGCGUGAUCUUCCUGAAAAGAGCCCAGCUAAGUCUCAGGAACGUGGGAAAGACUUUGGCUGUGACUUAGACCAGAGCCAGCAGGAUCCUGUCCAGGGAGGCGAGAAACUGUAUAAAUGUAGUGAAUGUGGGGAGAGCUUCAGUCAGAGUUACCAUCUCAUCCAGCACUGGAUUGUUCAUACUAGAGAGAAACCCGCUGUGCACGAAGAGUAUGAGGAAGGUUGCAGCCAGAGGUCUUGCCUCUUUGUGCCCCUGACAACUCACACAGACUACAAAUCCUGUGCACAUAACGAGGGCGGGAAAACCUGCACUCAGAGCACACACCUUCUGUGGCAUCAGAAAAUUCACACUGGAGAAGAACCACAUAAGAAUCAAGACAGUGACCCUCCGUCAGGUCUCAGCUUACAGCCUGCUGAGCAGCAGAAACCCUAUACAGGUGAUGAGUCCUACAAAGGUAACGAGCCUGGCGAGGGUUUCAGCCAAACCUUUCCCCUCACCCAGCAUCAGAAGACCCACACUCAGAAACGCUAUGAAUGUGCCAAAUGCAAGGCGACCUUCAACUUCAGCAAAUACCUCCUCCAACAUCAAAAAACCCAUGCUACGAAAACUACCUCUGAGCAUCAGGAAUGCGGGAAGGCCUUCGGGCAGAGCAUGCUACUCGCUGAACACCAGUCCAUUCACCCCGGAGAAAAGCCUUACGAGUGUGAUCAGUGUGGGAGGCCCUUCAGGAAUAUCUCGACCCUAAAGGUCCACCAGAGGGUUCACAGUGGAGAGAAGCCUUACAAAUGCAACGAGUGUGGGAAAUCCUUCUACCGGAGCACUCACCUUAAUGAACAUCAGAGGAUUCACACCGGCUACAGGCCCUACAAGUGUCUUCAGUGCGUCAAGAGUUUCAGCCGGCCCUCCCACCUGAUUCGACACCAGUCUGUUCACGCCACAGGCAAGUCCUACUGCUGCGCCAGAUGCAAGAAAACCUUCAGCCAUAAUGAAUACCUUGUUCAACACCAGAAAAUGCAUGCUAUGGAGACCCUCCACGAGUGUCAGGAGUGUGGCGAGCGCUUCUUCUGCAGCUCGACCCUAGCAUGCCACCAGAGUGUUCACGCCAGAGAAAAACAAGCACUUGGCGAGAGCGGGAGUAUCUUGAGUCAGGACUCAGAAUGGAGAGAACAUCCAGGCGUUGGCGAGAAGCACUUUAAGUGUAGCAAAUGCGAGAAAACCUUCAGCUGCAGCAAAUAUCUGACUCAGCACGAGAGGGUUCACACCAGAGUGAAACCCUUUGAGUGUGACCAGUGUGGAAAAGCCUUUAGCAAAAGUACACAGCUCCUUCGCCACCAGAACAUCCACUCUCGAGUGAGGCCGUAUGAAUGUGGGGACUGCGGGAAGGCCUUCAUCCGCAGCACUUCCCUCACCAAACAUCAGGCCACCCACAAGAGUGAGCACCCCUUUACAUGUAAUGAAUGUGGAAAGACCUUCAGCCAAAGUGCACACCUCUCAGAACAUCAGUUAACUCACACUGAGGAGAAGAAACUCUGUAAAUAUAGCAAGUGUGACAAAGCCCUUGCCCAAGGUAACUGCCUUACUCAGCAUCAGAGAACUGAUGCUGGAAAGAAGUCCUCUGAGUGUGAUGAAUGCGACAAAUCAUUCCAUUUGAGUUCGUGCCUUUCUAAGCAUCAGAGAGAUCACACAGGUGAGAAACCCCACAAAUGCAGUGACUGUGAGAAAACCUUCAGCCUGGGUGCUCAACUUCUUCAACACCGGAGAGUUCACACUGGAGAAAAGCCUUAUGUUUGUCAGAAAUGUGGGAAAGCUUUCAGCCAGAGCUCAUGCCUUUCUGUUCACCAGCGAGUUCACACUGGAGAAAAGCCUUAUGUUUGUCAGGAAUGUGGGAAAGCCUUCAGCCAGAGCUCGUGCCUUUCUGUUCACCGGAGGAUUCACACCGGGGAGAAGCCUUACGUGUGUGCUCAGUGUGGGAAAGCCUUUUCCCAGAAAGCAAAUCUGAUGCAGCAUGAGAGAGUUCACACUGGGGAGAAGCCUUAUGCCUGCAGGGUCUGUGGGAAAGCCUUUGGCCUCAGCGCCCAUCUCAAUCAGCACCAGAGGGUCCACACCCAAGAGAAACAGUAGUAAUGUCAAUAUUGUCAGAAAGCCCUCUGAUGCAGGUCUCAGCAGACAUCAAGUUCAUACUUGAAGGUAACAAGGAGUUACUUAGCAGUAAGUGACAAGCAGCAAUACUACAAGGUCCCAGCAGCAGCAACAGGGUCCCAGACAUCUAAACACAUUCAUCUGGGCCCUAAGGUUGAAACCAUCGCACUGUAAGCUCCUCCGCCACGAAAUAAAUACAUCUCUUUAUUAAUAAGGAGCAAUUAGAAAAUUUGCACACAUGAGUCUCAUGAAAACACAGUAGUGGAGAAGCUGUGUAGAAUGGCAAUUCAGCGGUAGACUUGAGCCAGUCGGCUGAGUUAAAUCCCAGCUCUGCCAAGUGCUAUCCGCGGGGAGAGCCAUGGGACUUCCUAGGGCCUCCGUGUCCUCACCUGUAAGAUUGGCACAAUAUGGUUACCUACCUCAGAA